AUGGUUGCAAACGACAACUACCCUCUGGGUCAGGGACAUGGAGGUUGCCAAAUGUCUACUUCUAAGGAUAUGAAUGAUACUUCAUCCAACCUACCGCAAGUCAUGGACAAAAAGCAGUUUUUCAUCUUCGGUCACAAUAUUUCACACUCUCUGUCACCAACACUACAUAAUGCCGGAUUUCAGGAACUUGGCCUUCCACAUCACUACCAGAUCCACGAGAGUGAAAACGUUGAUCAGUCAGUGGAGCUAAUCAUCAACAGCCCAGACUUUGGUGGUGCAUCGGUCACGUUCCCUCACAAAUUACAAAUCGGCAAACUCUUGCAUUCUGUCUCAGAACAGGGACAGAAUAUCGGUGCUAUAAAUACCGUCGUUGUCCAAGAAAGAGAUGGACAACGUGUCCUUUAUGGCGACAACACGGACUGGAUCGGCAUCAGGAGAUGCAUACUCAAGUCUGGAAGUCAAGAUUUCACAUCAUCAUCGGCACUAGUUCUUGGGGCUGGAGGCGCUGCUAGAGCGGCUUGCUACGCUAUUAAGACACUUGGGUUUCGGGAACUCAUUGUGGUCAACAGGACAUUAUCCAAGGCCGAGGCGUUAGCAUCCAAGUUCUCGGAACUAAAGACCCGUGCCUUUAGGACACUGGAUGAAGCUGAGAAAGUGGGAGAUGCAGAUAUUCGCCUCAUCGUGGCGUGUAUACCUGCUGAUGACCUCGGAGAAGACAGGGUUCCCAGUGGACUUUUCUCAAAGUUGGGUCAGGGAGUGUUGGUGGAGAUGGCGUACAGGCCCCAAGUAACGGGAAUGAUGAAGGUAGCUCAACGACACUCAGGGUGGAAGGUGUAUCGGGGAGUUGACGUCCUCGAAGAGCAAGCAUAUGCUCAAUUUGAACUCUGGACAGGAAAGCAAGCUCCAGUAGAGACAAUGCGGAGUGCAAUGCAGGCGAGGGUAGCAAGUGCUUAA